AUGGCUUCUGGAUUCGAAGAUGAGAAGCUAAAUGCUUGUUGUCUCACUGAAUAUCGUCCAUUGCCUGGAUCUCCUAGAGGGCAAAUUAUCAAGAUCGCCGAAAUUAGUACUUAUCAUGUUCCAGGGACAGAUCAUACAGCCAAAAACAAGACAAUUGUCCUGUUAACUGAUAUAUUCGGUCUGACAAAAAAUCCACGUAUCACUGCCGAUGAACUAUCGGAAAAAACUGGUUUCGAUGUCUAUAUACCGGAUCUAUUUAAUGGCGAUGCAAUUGCUUCAUCAUUUCUUCAAGGGAUACCUCAAGUUCCAGGAGAAAAGAUGUCGAUCGGCAGCAAAAUUACCUUUGCUGGAAAAUUCAUUACAUCGUUGGUUCCAUGGUUAUUUCGCCAUCGACAAGCUGUCACUCUUCCUAUUGUGGAAAAGUUCUUCAAAGCUCUUCGCUCGGAAAAAGGAGUUACUAGAGUGCAAGCAGUGGGAUAUUGUUUCGGUGGCCUUUAUGCAUUGCUAGUCGGUAGCAAGGAACUUCAUCUUGCAGAUGCCAUUGUUGGUUGUCAUGUCUCAUUGACCAAUAAAACUCACUAUGAACAAUUGAAUGUACCUGCGGCGUUUGUCUGCGCUCAAGAAGACGAUCAAUUUACGGAUGCUCUUCGAGCAGAAGCUGAACAGAUUCUCGCUCGUAAGUCAGAAAUACCUAGCAAGUUUCUGUUAACGGAAGGAACAGUUCAUGGAUUUGCUUCUCGACCCAACCCUGACAAUACGAUCAUUAUGAAUGCAUACAAGAAAGGCAAUGACUUCAUUGCAGAGUGGGCCAAAGCUCAUCUUUAA